AUGAUGAAUUUAAAACCACCUAAAAGUUAGAACGAUAGUGCAUCUGAUAAUGGUAGUGUUAAUAAAAUUACUGAUAAACAAAAGAUAAAUACUCUCAGAAAAGCAGUAAUAGAUUUAAGGGAAGAGAAAUCUCAAUUAAUUAAGUAGAUUGAAGAAUUAAACUCAAAAAAAUAAUUAACUAAUAAAAGAGAGGGAAGAUAUAGUAUGACCUAAUAUAUAAUUUAGGAAGAGAAACAUAAUACUAUGAUGAGAGAUUUAUAGCAUUAAAUAACUAUGGUAUUCAUAAACUAUUUCAAUUUAGAAUUCAUCUAGUUCAACGCAAUCUUCUCUUUUAAUAGAACUUAUAAAUAAUAGUAAUGAUUUAUCUAAAUUAAAAACUAAACUCAAACAGUAAAGAUUUUACAUAUUGCAAGAGAAUUAGACUAAAUAAUUGCAAAUUAUGAAGCUAGAUUUUCAAUUUUAUAAACUGCCUAUAAGGAAAUGGAAAGAGAUAUAAAGAAUAUAGAGAUAUCUAAUUAGAAAUUAGUAAAAGAUAUGGAAGAAAAGACAACAUUAAAUAAUCAACUAAAAAAGAAUAUUGAAGAUAUAGAAAGAGAUUUAUAUAAUAAAAUUAAAGAUUUACAAGCAGAGAAGAUGGAAAUAUAAUCGAAAUUUAAGAUUAUAGAUAAGGAAAUGUAAUAGAAAGAUGAAGAAUUAACAGUAUUACAUAAAGGAUUGGAUGAUACUAGAUUUAUAAUUAAUUAAUUAUAAGGAGAACUUGAAGAAACAAGAGGCAAAUUUAUGUAAUAUAAACUUAUUUUGUAUAAUUAAUUUUUGGAUAUUGAUUGUCUAUUUAUCUUAAGAAAAAAUCUAUUUAAUGAUUACAUAUUUGAAUUAGAAACAGCAGCUUAGAUAUUCUAAUAUAAGGCAAGUGAUAUUUCAGAUUUGAAAAUUAAGGAUGAAACUUCAUUCUAUUUAUCUGUUAAAUCAAGAAGCAAAGAAGAAAUAUUCAUUAUUAUGCCAAAUUAGGAUUUAAAGAAGAUUUGUAAAUCAAUUAAGUAUAUACAUAUACAUUUAUAAAGAAACUUUCUAUUAAAAGCUUAAUAAUAUUAAAUCAAUUAGUAACAUUCUCAAGUAUAGAGUCCAAAAAAUAAUGAUCUUUUGGGUGGAUUAAUGUCAAUUUUUAGAAGUACAUAAUAAAAAAAUGGAAGCAAUAAAAAUAGUGAUGCUAAACAAAAAUGA